AUGCACUUCCACAUAAAACACAUACUGCGCCUGAGUCACUGCGCUCCUGCCCAGCAUAAGAGGACACUCGGGAGGAAACUGUGGAGUGUUUCGACAGCAGCUCAACAACAACGUGGCUUAAGAGCAGCAGGAUCGCAUGCAUCUGAAGACAUCCACAAGUACUUCGCCCGGCAGUGCUGCAGAAACUAUGCAUCCGACACGUUGGCGUAUAGUCGAGCCUUCGCCGCAGCCAGGGACAACCCCGAGCGAUUCUGGGGUGAGAUGGGACAGGACAUUAACUGGUUUGAACCAUGGAGUAAAACUUUGCACGCUGAGGAUCCAGUGUUCCCAAACUGGUUUGUUGGAGGGAAGUUGAACAUGUGCUACAAUGCUGUGGAUCGCCAUGUGGAGAGUGGCCGUGGAGAGCAGCCUGCCAUCAUCUAUGACAGCCCAAUGACAGGAACUAAACAGGUCAUCACUUUCAGGGAACUUCAGGACCAGGUUUCCAGGUUAGCAGGAGUCUUGGUGAAGAAUGGGGUACGCAAAGGAGACCUGGUGGUCAUCUACAUGCCCAUGGUGCCCCAGGCCAUGUUCACCAUGCUGGCAUGUGCUCGGAUCGGUGCCCCACACAGCCUCAUCUUUGGCGGCUUUGCUUCCAAAGAGCUUUCUGUCCGCAUCAAUCAUGCCAAGCCCAAGCUGAUGGUUACUGCCUCAUUUGGCAUCGAGCCAGGCAGACGAGUGGAGUACAUCCCUCUAGUGGAGAAGGCCUUGGAGCUGAGCUCUCACAGGCCCUCUAAAGUUCUCAUCUACAACAGGCCUAACAUGGAGAAAGUGUCGCUGAGUCCGGAGUUGAGUCUGGACUGGGAUGAAGAGAUGGCCACUGCUCAGCCACAUGACUGCGUUUCCGUUCCCUCCAACCAUCCCCUCUAUGUCCUCUACACCUCUGGGACCACUGGAACUCCAAAGGGUGUUGUGCGAGACACUGCAGGCUACGCUGUGAUGCUGAAAUGGACCAUGUCAAAUAUUUAUGGACUCAGUCCCGGAGAUGUUUGGUGGGCAGCGUCAGACCUGGGCUGGGUGGUCGGCCAUUCAUAUAUCUGCUACGCUCCUCUUCUCCAUGGCAACAGCACGAUUCUCUAUGAGGGUAAGCCUGUCGGGACUCCAGACCCUGGAGCUUUCUUCCGCGUACUGUCUGAACACGGAGCCUCCUCCAUGUUCACAGCGCCCACUGCCAUCCGAGCCAUUCGCCAGCAGGACCCACACGCUGAAAUCGGGAAAAAAUACCCGCUGUCCAGCAUGCGGUCGUUAUUCUUGGCGGGAGAGCGAUGUGAUGUGGAGACGCUGGAAUGGGCAAAGAGGAGCUUUGGGGUUCCUGUCCUGGACCACUGGUGGCAGACCGAAACUGGCUCAGCCAUCACCUCCUCGUGUAUUGGUCUGGGGAACUCACUCACGCCACCUGCAGGCCAGGCGGGCAAACCUGUUCCAGGUUACAAUGUCGCAGUGAUCGAUGAUGACUUGCAGGAGGUGAAGCCAAGAACCCUGGGAAAUAUUGUGGUGAGACUACCUUUACCACCUGGAGCAGCGUUGUCACUCUGGCAGAACCACGAUCUGUUCAAGGAGCUCUAUUUCACUAAGUUCCCAGGUUACUAUGACACCAUGGAUGCAGGAUAUGUGGAUGAGGAGGGCUUCCUUUACAUUAUGUCCCGGUCUGAUGAUGUCAUCAACGUGGCAGGUCACAGGCUGUCUGCUGGAGCUUUGGAGGAGUCAGUGCUGCAGCACCCUGCAGUGGGAGACUGUGCUGUGGUUGGUCUGGAGGACACUCUAAAGGGUCACAUUCCCUUGGCCCUGUGUGUGCUCAAGAAUGGUGUGCAGAAAAAUGAAGAGGAGAUCAUAAAUGAGAUGGUGAAGCUUGUGAGAAACAGCAUCGGACCCGUUGCUGCCUUCAGGAGAGUGCUUUUUGUCAGAGGACUGCCGAAGACGCGCUCUGGCAAGAUCCCUCGCUCCUCUUUAGCCAACCUGGUCAAUGGCAAGCCCUACAAGAUUACUCCAACCAUUGAGGACCCAGAGGUGUUCAAAGACAUCGAGAGCCAGGUAGAAAAAGUUCUGAGACCUCACGCAGCCUGAACGCAUCAGUGGGGACGACUGAGGAAACUUGGGCAAACACAAAAGUAGAAGUUAGUUCUCAGUCUUCUUUUCUAUAUCACACUGAAAGCACAUUUACAUCAGUAAGUUUUAUCUUUGUUCCUCUGCCAAAUCCAUGAAACAGAAUUAGUGCUUUCCAAUUCUAAUGAUGAAAUUAAGUCUAUUUGAAUGUAGUCUGAACAAUACUGUGAAACUAUACUGCACAACAAGCUAUGUAGAUUCAUAAUUAAUUAAUUGAAGCAAUGUACAGCUGCUGUUUAUAUAAC